AUGACCACAUCUGUGCAAUUGAUACUGGCAUUUAGAGUAUACGGACUCUACAAUCGCGCGAAGUGGAUCAUAGGCUUCUUCGCUGUGUUGCUCCUUGCGGCAAUAGCUGUGCAGCUAUAUAUUGUGAUCAAGUUAUCUCCAAAGGGGACACCAAUCUCGUUACCUUUCCUGCGCAUCAUCGCUUGUCAGCCGACUCCUGGUGCGGUAUCCCACCUCUACCUUGGCCCCAUUACCACUAUAUGCCCUGAUAUUGCCGCCUUCCUUUUGGUGUUUCUACGAGGAAUGUCCCACCUUAGGGUCCAAAAGGCUGUCGGCUUCGGAGGGUCCACUCUCAUCCGUUUGCUCAUGCGGGACUCCAUUCUUUACUUCAUGAUGAUUAUGAUGGUAUACACCGUCAUCAUCAUAUCCUAUGUCAAAUUUUCUGUUAUAGAGUCGUUUAUAACGUUCGGAUACGGCUUCUCUGUCAUCUCGAUUGCGGCGUCACGGAUGCUGAUCAACCUGAGGAAGCAUCGAAACCCAUAUGAUUCUAGCCACAAAUGA